ACUUUAGGAAGGAGGAAACUCAUGGAAUCACAAAAUUUUGAGUACGGUCAAAUGUCUCCUGCAACGAUUACUCCGGCAGACACGACAAGCAAUCCUCCCAUAAACGGUUUAAGCAUGACAAGUGCAACGCAACAAAGUAAUAGCACCGUCGCAUUAGACCCUCUGUCGAACUCCCAGACUCAGAUAUUAUUGAUGGAGAACUCACCUAAUCCGGUGGUGGUGCUGAACACCACCGCAUCACUUUCACAGUCUUCGCCGAUUUCAACCAGGACGAACGACGUGACACCCACUCAGGAGAUAGCAAUGUUAGUUAACCAAGAACAAUUACCAAUGUUAGUCAUAAAUCCCGUUUCUACGAACCCUGCAGAACCCUCAAAUUCCCCUCCAGUAUCAAUAGGGAGCGUGUCACCUGGCGUUUCCAUGAUAUCUUCGAAUAUGAUUCUAGCAUCUCAACAGCAAGAACAAGAACAGCCACAAUUAGCAAACAUUCCUACUUCAGAUGCUCCUCAGGUGAUGUUAUCAACUCCGCAAGAACCACAGACUGCCGUUGACACCACUACAAUGUAUAAUCAACUGAUGGACCAUCGCAUGGAAAACGUCGAGAGGCAAAAUGAAAUGGUCACUCCCUCCCCUAUAAUAGAUAUAAAUGGUCAUCAACAUACGAUAGAUCAAGUCACUCCUCUGAAUGUUCCUGUUUCGGUUCCUGUUCCCGUGCACACUCAAACCUUGAUGCAGAUCGCCGCUCAACCUACACCGCAGGAUGUAGAAGCGGCAAAAGCUGCUGCUGCUGUGGCGGCUGCCGAGGCCGAGGUUGCUCAAGUGGAUGCUCAGGUUCAAGCGCAAGUUCAGGCACAAGUUCAAGCGCAAGUUCAAGCUGCUCAG